AUGGUUCUUCAAUCAAUGCGACCAGCUGCCAGGACCAUCCUGCGCAAUGGACCUCGGCAGUGCUCGGCACGCCACUUUUCAGCCCAGACUUGUCUGAGGCAAGAAAUUCGCGAUGCGUAUAUUCUCAGUGCCUCGCGGACGCCCACAGCAAAGUUUAAUGGCUCUUUUCUCACAGUAUCCGCACCCAAGCUGGGCGCAGUCGCGAUCAAAUCCGCCCUCGAAAAGUCCAAAGUCCCGGUCGAGAAAGUGACGGAUGUAUACAUGGGCAAUGUGUUACAAGGAAAUGUUGGACAGGCUCCGGCACGACAGGCGUCAAUAUUCGCUGGACUGCCCUCGAGCGUGGAGGCCAUUACUAUCAACAAGGUGUGCGCUUCGGGUUUAAAAGCCGUGGUGUUCGCGGCACAAAACAUCCAGCUCGGCCUGAGUGAGGUGCAAAUUGCCGGCGGUAUGGAAAACAUGUCACAGGUUCCAUACUACGUUCCCCGGUCCAGCAGCCUGCCAGCGUUUGGUCACGUCAAGAUGGAAGAUGGUCUGAUCAAGGACGGUUUGACGGAUGUUUAUGACCAGUUUCACAUGGGCAUCUGCGCCGAGACAACGGCAAAGAAGUACGAAAUCACCCGCGAACAGCAGGACCAAUACGCCAUCCAGUCAUAUGAGAGGGCACAAGCUGCUUGGAAGGACAAGGUUUUUGCAGACGAGAUCGCCCCAGUGACUGUCAAGGGUAGGAAGGGCGAUACGAUUAUCGACACUGACGAAGGCUACCUUGACAUCAAGCUCGACAGGGUCCCGACCCUGAAACCCGCCUUUAUUCGCGACGGUACCGGUACCGUCACGGCUGCCAACUCGUCCACGCUAAACGACGGCGCCAGCGCGCUGGUGCUCGGCAGCAAGGCCAUUGCGCAGCAGUACGGAGCCGGAUCGAGAGUAUUGGCCAGGAUAUGUGGCUCUGCCGAUGCCGCCAUUGACCCCGUCGACUUUCCCGUGGCCCCGGCCAAGGCCGUUCCGAUCGCUCUGGAGCGCGCCGGCAUCACCAAGGAUCAAGUAGCGAUCUGGGAAUUCAACGAGGCCUUUGCGGCUGUUAUCAAGGCCAAUGAAAAGAUCCUGGGACUAGAAGGUGCCAAGGUCAACCCCCUCGGAGGCGCCAUUUCUCUUGGUCAUGCCCUGGGCAGCUCGGGUUCGCGCAUUCUCACGACAUUGCUUCACCAGCUCAAGCCGGGCGAGUAUGGUGUCGCAGCCAUCUGCAACGGAGGCGGUGCCGCGUCGGCAAUUGUGGUGCAGAGGAUCGAGAGUGUAUAA